AUGCUGCGCUACGUCGACCUCGGCUGGGGCGACGCGGAGGCGGCGCAGCUGGCGGAGGUCCUCGCGAGCGGGGCAGCGCCGCGGCUCGUGAAGCUCACGCUCGGCGUGGACAACGAGAAGCAGCCCGAGCUGGUGGCCGUGUGCAAGGAGCGCGGCAUCAGCCUCUACUGA